AUGGCUACCGUUCCAGGCCCAGAUUACAGAAGGUACGCUUUAAUUGCAGUCGACGCCCUGGCCUUUUUCUGGAUAAACAGUAUCAUCAACUCUCCGCAGUUUACCUUCCUGAUUGGACCCGGCCACUCGAAGGUCACAAUCCAGUCCGGACUCGCUAAACAUGUCUCCCCGCGGCUCGAUGGGCUGAUGAACAAUGGCCAUACUCGUGAAUCCAGACAUCGCAUCGCAGUUCUGGAGGACGAAGACGUGGAGACCUUUACCGGUUUCUGCGAGUUUGCGUAUACAGGCGAUUAUACAGUCCCAAACCGUGAGACAAGAUACGAGCAAGCAGACAACUCGGAAUACGGAGAGUCCUGCUCUCCAGUCGCACAUCCACAUAUACCGCCACCUGCACCCUCACCCCCGUCUUCUCCAAAAGAACUACGGCCAGAGGACACCUGCGCCAUCUGGGAUGAUGACGAUGAUCUCCCGAAGGUAGAGCCUGCUCAAUCCCAAGCCCUUGUUGUAAAAGAAGAUCCUCCACCGCAACCGCAAGAGGAAGAGGAGGAGCCAAAAGACGCCACCGAUUCUGGGAAAAAGGGGAAAAAGAGCAAGAAAGACAAAAAGGCAAAGAAAAAGGCAGUUGAAGAGCGUCCUGCCGCAAACACACUGACUCCCCCCAAAACUCCGCCACCAGUUGAAAACAAAGACGAAGUCAAAGCCCCCGUAGCUGAAGAAAAACAGAACGAGUUGGCCCCAGCAGUGGUGCCGGUGCAGCCUGAAGAAAAACCGGUAGAGAACCUGGAAGAGAAUGCAGACUCUGGGGAUUGGUUUGAAUAUCAACCUCCCCAAGGAGAUUCAUUCAUUGAGACCUCCAAGUCCGAAGGCUCAGUAAAAGAAGGCUCAGUAAAAGAAGACUCUUUCCUCCCCCUACCCUCUUCCCGACCUGCUGGAGUAUCUCUCUGGGACGAAUUUACCGCUAUUCAGUAUCCACAACACGAACGCCGGGCUAGCCCAUCAAACCAUUCAUCAACAAGCGAGUCCCAUGUCCCUUACAUCUUAUACCAUGCAAAAAUCUACGUCUUCGCCUCCCGCUACCUCGUUCCAGCCCUUGCUCAACUCGCGCUAGCAAAACUUCAUCGAGAAUUGGUCUCGUUUCCCCUAAGAACUUCGAAUGCAUCCUGUCACGGCCAUGGGGACAACAGCACCAUCCCCUAUGUACUAGAAUUGCUACACUAUACGUUUAAGAACACCAAGUCCUAUGAUCCGAGAUUCCCUUCCCUAGACGCCAGUGCAGAAGCCCCAACUGAAAGAGAGAACCGUCUUCGCAAGCUUACUACUCAUUAUGUUGCUUGCAAAGUGAGGCAACUGGCUACUUAUCGGCCUGACGGCUAUCAUGCAGAAACAGGGGGAGCACCGCUCACUUUCCGCGACCUCCUGAACAAGACAGGGGAAUUGGCUUCGAACCUUGUCUUCCAACUGAUGUAA